UCUCAGAUGGGUGUUCUUCAGUUUACACUUCUCUACUUGAUUCUAUUGCAUUCUUGCAAGAUUGUUGCUUACAAGGACCAAGAAUGGAAGAAAGCCACUGCAACUUAUGCCAAUGACACAGAGGGGUCUCUUAUAACCGAAGGAGCUUGUGGUUAUGGAGAUCUCCACAAAGCUAGCUAUGGAAAACACAGUGCUGGGUUAAGCACCAUUUUGUUCAAUAGAGGGAGUACCUGUGGGGCUUGCUAUGAGAUCCGAUGUGUUGACCAUAUCUUGUGGUGUGUCUUGGGAAGUCCUUCUGUAGUUGUUACUGCUACAGAUUUCUGUGCACCAAAUUUUGGGCUCUCAGUUGAUUAUGGUGGUUGGUGCAAUUUUCCAAGGGAACAUUUUGAGUUGUCACAAGCUGCAUUUGCUGAAAUUGCCAAGAAAAAAGCUGAUAUAGUCCCGGUUCAGUAUAGAAGAGUAAAGUGUCAAAGAAGUGGUGGCUUGAAGUUCACAAUGAGUGGAAGUGCACACUUCUAUCAAGUCCUGAUUACCAAUGUAGGAAUGGAUGGUGAAGUGGUUGGUGUGAAAGUGAAGGGAUCUAGAACAGGGUGGAUACCAAUGGCAAGAAACUGGGGACAAAACUGGCAUUGCAAUGUGAACCUUCAACGCCAGCCUUUGUCCUUUGAGGUAACUAUUAGCAGUGGAAAAACACUCACAUCUUACAAUGUAGCACCGGCAAACUGGCUGUUUGGACAGACAUUUGAAGGAAAACAGUUUAAGAAUGAAUAG